AUGCCCCACCAAUCAGGGCGGGAGUUCUUCCAUGGCCCCCCCACCACCAACCCUUCUAUGGACCUUGCAUGGCCUUUUGGCAAGCUAGAAGGUCUCGAUUGUGAUGACAUUCGUGAAGCUGCCUACGAAAUAUUCUUCACAGCUUGUCGUUCAUCGCCGGGCUUCGGAGGACGAAAUGUUUUAACCUUUCACUCUUCACAUGAUAAUGGAGAUGGAGGAAACGGCUCCGGGCCUAGCUCACCGGGCAGGCGAGCCAAUAAUGGGGCGGCGACCAUAAACCCUACGAGUAAGAUUAAAAGAGCCUUGGGGUUGAAGAUGAUGAAAAAAACAUAUUCCAGGAGGAUGUCAAUUUGUGCCAUGGGCUUUAGCAAUAGUGGCGGCGGUGGCAGUGGUGGGUCGUCACCAUCAUCGCCUGUUUCUCAUCAUGGACAUAGUGCUUCCAUUUCUGGUUUUAGCCCUGCAGCUGGAUUAGGGUUUUCUACGUUGAAACCGCUAAACUCGAGACGACCAUUGACGUCGGCGGAGAUUAUGAAGCAACAAAUGAGGGUGACGGAGCAAAGUGAUAAUAGGCUUAGAAAGAGUCUCAUGAGAACCCUUGUUGGCCAAAUGGGUAGGAGGCCCGAGACCAUCAUUCUUCCACUUGAGCUUCUUCGGCAUUUAAAACCAUCCGAAUUCAAUGACUUGUAUGAGUACCAUAUUUGGCAAAAGCGUCAACUCAAGAUCUUAGAAGUAGGUCUACUUUUAUACCCAUCAAUCCCUACAGAUAAAUCCAACCCUUUAGUAAUACGUUUACGCGAGAUAAUCCGAGCCGGUGACUUAAAUCCGAUCGACACGAGCAAGAACUCUGACAUGAUGAGAUCAUUGUGCAACGUUGUUGUUUCUUUAGCUUGGAGAGGCACCAAUGGUACUCCCACAGAUGUGUGCCACUGGGUUGAUGGGUACCCUUUCAACAUUCACAUGUACAUAUCUCUCCUUCAAGCCAUAUUUGAUGUUAAGGAAGAGAUAAUGGUCCUUGAUGAGGUUGAUGAGUUGCUGGAGUUAAUGAAGAAGACAUGGUCAAUAUUAGGAAUCAAUAGGUCAAUCCACAAUGCAUGUUUCACUUGGGUUCUUUUUCAGCAAUAUGUUGUGACUAACCAGAUAGAGCCUAAACUUCUUUCUGCUGCAUAUACUAUGUUGACAGAGGUGGAAAUUGAUGCUAGAAAACCAGACAAAGAGACAACAUAUGUGAAAGUUUUGUCUUCUAUGUUGGAUUCAAUAAAGAGUUGGGUUGAAAAGAGGUUACUUUACUACCAUGAAUGUUUCAAUAAAGGAAAUAUUGAUGAGAUCGAAAAUCUUUUGCCUUUGGCAUUGUUUUCAGCAAAGGUUUUGAGUGAAGAUGUUGGUGUCAUGGAAGGGGAAGGGGAAGGGGAAGGGGAAGGGAGUAAGAAAGGAGAUGUAAUGCUCGUCGAUUCCACCAGCGAUUGCUUAGAUCGUUACAUUCGAUCUUCUGUGAAAAAUGCUUUUGCAAAGAUGAUAGAAAAUGAAAAUGUCAAACAUACAGAAGAAAAUGGAGGACCAAGUGUAGCUCUACUUGAUUUAGCUAAGGAAACUGAGGAUUUGGCUGCAAAGGAGAGGGAGUUAUUUAGCCCUAUAUUGAAGAAAUGGCAUCCAAUUGCAGGUGGAGUUGCAGCAGUGACAUUACACCAAUGCUAUGGAACAGUGUUGAAGCAAUAUUUAGCUGAGACAAUUAUGCUAACCGAUGAGAUAGUUGGGGUGCUACAAAGAGCUGAAAAGGUGGAAAAGGUUUUAGUUCAAAUGGUGGUUGAAGAUUCAGAAGAGUGUGAUGAUGGAGGCAAAGGAAUUAUCAGAGAAAUGAUCCCAUAUGAAUUUGAUUCAACCAGAUUGAAGCUCUUGAGACAAUGGAUAGAUGAAAGGCUAAAGAAAGAGAAAGAGUUACUAUGUAGAGUAAAAGAAACUGAAACAUGGAACCCAAAGUCCAAAUCUGAGCCAUAUACACAAUCAUGUAUGGAGCUGAUGAGAUCGGCCAAUCAAAUGGUGAAAGAUUUCUUUGACAUUCCAAUUGGCAUUACAGAUGAUUUGAUUCUUGAUCUAGCUGAAGGCUUAAAGCUAAUCUUCCAAGAAUACAUUACUUUUGUAGCAUCAUGUGGGUCAAAAGAAAGUCAUCUGCCAGAACUUCCUCCUCUAACAAGGUGUAACCAUGAUUCAAAGUUCUUCAAACUAUGGAGAAAGGCCAAUCCUUGUAGUGUUGGAAUACAGGACAUGCAUCAAAUUAUUACCAGUGAGAGAAACCACACUCGCCCCUCGAUGAGCCGUGGUACGCAACGCCUUUACGUCCGCCUUAAUACCUUACACUACCUCAUCUCUAACCUUCAUUCCCUUGAUAAAACUCUCACCCUCUCACCUAAAGUCUCAACCACACGAACUCAUCUUGGCGACAGUUACAAACACUGCGGUACUUCGCCUUCCCACUUCAAACAUGUCAACACAUUGAUCCAAUCGGCUUGUGAUAACGUCUCCGAAGUCGCUGCUUACCGUCUCAUUUUCCUCGACUCGAAGUUGGUUUUCUAUGAAAGUCUUUACGUGGGGGAAGUAGGCAAUGCAAGGAUUAGACCUUUGAUCAAAGUCCUAAAGCAGAACCUCACGCUUCUUACAGCAAUACUCACUGACAAGGCUCAAGCAUUAGCAACUAAAGAAAUUAUGAAAGCAUCGUUCGAAGCCUUUGUAUUGGUGUUGCUUGCUGGGGGACCUUCUAGGUUCUUCGAACGAUCAGACCAUGAGAUGAUUGAGGAAGAUUUUGAGAGCUUGAAAAGGGUGUUUUGUACUUGUGGUGAAGGGUUGAUACCUGAGGACGUGGUCCAAAGUGAGGCUGAACCAAUUGAAGGGGUGAUAGCAUUGAUGGGUCAAAGCACUGAACAAUUAGCUGAAGAUUUGAGUAUCAUCAGUCGUGAAACCAGUGGAACAGGUGCCACUAGCCCAGGCCAAAAGCUACCUAUGCCACCCACAACAAGAAAGUGGAAUAGUGGAGAUCCUAAUACAAUACUCAGGGUUUUAUGCCAUAGGAAUGAUCGAGAAGCCAAUCAGUUCUUGAAAAAGGAAUUUCAAUUGCCAAAAAGGAAAUGAUAUGAAAGACGACAAUGUAUUCAUUUGAGCAACAGAUUUUUGGUUUGGGUUUGUUUUAGCAUCCAUUUUCAGUUGAUCUAAUUGUCUUCAAACUUUUAACUUAAUGUUUAUAUCAACGUCUUUAUGGGGGGUUAUACAAGGCAUUUAUGCCUGUUUAAUUCUUUGUAGCG